CGUGAAGGCCACAAGAUGGCGGCAAAUUGCAAACUUCCUACGGUGCUUGGUGCAUUUCACAAGCUGAAUUGGGUUUGGCCUCAGGGGAAGAGUUCAAAGAUAGUAAAAGCCUCACAGCUGCAUACCUGACGAUCUACUGACCGGAAGUCUAUUUACCUUGUGCCGUUGUUUUCGGCUGUAGCAAAAUGGCAGAAAAUCGCUGGUUUAUUAUUCUAUCGAUCACUUUCUUCUUUUCUGUAGAAGUGUCAGGAUUAUCCGGAGGCUUCUAUGCAGAUAACGGACGUCAACAAAGUAUUUUGUAUGAACCUCUGCAGCAAGAAACUAAAGAAGAACUCGAGGAAGAAAUUCUUCAUUUGCUGGGCCUUGAUCACAGACCUAAACCUCGAAAUCAUGAUACUUUCAGUUCUGCACCCAGAUACCUCUUGAAUAUUUAUAAAACUCUUGAGAGGGACGAUGCUGUCUUGCAUGAGAAUUUAGCUGUUGCUACGAGAAAACGAAAUCAUGGUGCCCUAAGAUACUCGGAUUUUAUUAUAAGCUUUGUAAACAAAGUGGAAGUUCAAGAUUUUGAAAGUCUUAAGGAGCUUAUGCUCACCGAGCAAAUUAAGCGGCGAGUACCUCUAGAAAUAAAAGAGCACUACUUAGACAAUUGGGAAGAAUUUAAAACAGCUUCUCUUUUAGCAGAGAAAUACGACAAGUAUGAGGCUUUGCGAAGAGAUACGAGGGAGUUAGAACAAAAAGCGGGGUUAAAGAUACCAUUUGAGAAAGAUAGAGAACGGUAUGUAAGUUCCAAUGUUCAUCAUCAGUAUCCGCACCUGCGACAUGAAAGACACAGACGGUUUUGGUUUAGUAUGACUGAAACUACACUCCAAGAUGAGAAAAUGGUUUGGGCAGAGUUGCGGAUUUACAAAAACUUGACUGAAAAUCACUUGCACGUCAGAAAUAUUGAAUAUACAUUAAGUUUGUAUGCAGUAUCUGAAAUUAAUGCUAAUGAAGAGAAGUUAGAUUUCGUCGAUGAAAUAGUGAUUUCAUCAGAAGAUGCUGGAUGGCUGAUUUUUAAUGUUACUGGACCCGUUUUGGAGUGGAUAGAAUUUCCAAAGAGGAACUUAGGCCUGGAGUUGGAGAUAAGUUCUUCCAUUCAUAACUUAGAACCACAUGAUUUGGGUAUUCUCUGCUCAACAGAGGCUGAAGAAUUUCAGCCUUUUAUGUUGGCUUAUUUUAAAACUCAACCUGAGCGAGUACACGUGAGAACUAAGAGAGCACUAAGCAAGAAGCAACGAAAGACAAAGAACCUCAAUCCUUAUACAGGGGUUCACCAGGAAAAACGUGAUUCAAAUAAGAAUAACAGAGACUGUCAAAGAUGGGCCCUGUAUGUGAGUUUCAAGGAUUUAGGCUGGAAGGACUGGAUUAUAGCCCCUGAUGGAUACGGUGCUUUCUAUUGUGAAGGUCGCUGUCGCUUUCCCAUGAACAGCCAAAUGAAUGCAACAAAUCAUGCCAUACUGCAAGCUCUAGUCCAUCUGACCAAUCCCGCUAAAGCUCCAAAACCUUGCUGCGCACCAUCACAACUUUCUCCUGUUUCAGUGAUAUAUUUUGAUGAUAAUUCCAAUGUUGUUCUGAAGAAAUAUAAAAAUAUGGUUGUCAAGUCAUGUGGAUGCUACUAAUACUUGAAACUAUUACUUUUCUGAACAAGAUAUUCUAGAAAGUUUGCUACAUGUAUAUUGAUCAUGUAUUUCAAAUUUCAG